CUUUGCUAUUCUAUUGGUCGAGUGCGCCAGAGAGUCUUCGUAAAGUGAACGAGAUUAAACACUUGGAAAUGUUUGUGUUUACUGAACAGCUCCAGGGUGGAGUCCUAAAGCGAGGGGAUGACCCACUGCAGUGACCGUGAUGAGCAGAGUGAUGAUGGAGAAGAAAAACCCACCAAGAACCAGAAGAAGAAAGGAGGAAAGCAUGUGUCUUUCCCCCCUGAUGAACAGAUAGUAUCAGGCUUUGCUGAGCACAGGGACGAUGGCAGAAAGGUUGACAGCUGCCUCACCUUGACAGAGGUAAUGGUGGCGUACCAGCAGAGCUGCAGCAGACACCAGGUCCAACCCAGAGAGCACAUCCUGCAGCAGCUCCAGCAGGGGGUGUGUGUAGGUGGCGGUGUGAAAUGUCUGGAUCUCAAAGGUGAGCGAUUAGACCACCGCUCCUGUGAAGCUCUGGAAGUCGUUCUGAAAUCGCUGCACUUUGAUUUCAUCAAUCUGCAGGCAGCCCAACUGGAAGAAAAUGGAGCAUCGUCCUUGCUGGAUAUGAUUUUGUACUAUGAAUCUACAACCCAUCUUGACAUUUCUGACAACAGCAGUAUGGGAACAUUGUGUUGGAGGGCCCUCGCUCAUUUGAUAAAGCAGAGUGUGCGUCUGUCCAGACUGGAUGUGUGUAACGUGCCCAUGGUUGACUACUCGGCCCAGGCUCUGUCUAAAGCUCUGCUGACAAGCCGGCUCACAGUGCUGCACCUUCACAAUGCCCAGCUCAGCGGCAUGCCUCUAUACACACUGGUUGGUGCACUGAAGUCAAACAAGAAUUUGCAAGAGCUCCACCUUACCAACAACCUGCUAAACAGCUACCAGGACGCCCUGCAUCUAGGAGACCUAAUCCGCUACAACACAACUUUACAGACACUGGAGCUCAGCAGCAAUGCUGUAGCAGAUGCUGGUUUGGAGGAGCUGUGUGAUGGGCUGCGGUGGCAGACGGUGGGUGUAAGGAUCUUACUGCUGAGGAACAACCAGAUCACUGCAUGUGGCAUGGUCCAUCUGGCCAAGGCUCUGCCCAUGCUGAAGGUCCUGCAGGUCCUGGAUUUGGGUGAGAACCUCCUGGGAGACGAGGGGAUCCAGGUGAUCAGGGAGCCUCUGAUGAUGAACUGCUCGGUGCUGCAGCUCGGCCUGGCCCAAGCCAACAUCACAUGUGAAGGUGCUGUGGCGUUGGCAGAGUUCCUUGCAGAGAGUCGUCAGAUUCAGGGGCUGGACCUCCGUCAGAACGAGGUGAAGGUUGGAGGCCUGAUGGCCUUGUGUCUGGCCCUGAGGAUCAACCGUUCUCUCGCUAGCCUGGAUUUGGACCACAUACCCCCGCAGGAGCAGGAUGAAUUUCUGGUGGAGACUCGGACGAGGCUUCAGUCAGAGAUCACCCAGCGCUGUCUGGCCAACGCCAGCCGCUCCCACCUCGCCCCGGACCCCUCUGAGACUUUACCCGCCGAGGCCCAUGGACUGGCCGACAGCUUGACUCCCGCCUGAGCUCGCACGCGCAAACACGGCACACAGAGGAGGCAAAAAAAUGGCUAACCUUGUACAGAUCACCUCAGAAACCACUUAUGGAUUCAGUCAUAGAGACGCUCAGUCCCAGUGUCCCAAACCCAAACAGCUGACUGCCAGAUAUAUGCGAAUAAUAAUUCUAUCGCAAAUAAUGAUCAUCAUAAAACUCCAAAUCCGGGUAAUAAAGGCACAGUAGAGCUCCCUAAUGAAACGCCGGCCUCCCCACUGCUUCCCGCCUAAUGUUCCCGCCGAGCCGCUCGCCACUUUCCAUAAAGCAAUUUUGCAGGCCCACUUCAAACGUGAAUCACCUAGAAAUGAAGAUAACUGCCCUACCCACCCUCAUCGUUCUGAACUCCCCCACCAUCACCCUCUCCCCUUCCUACAACGCUCACACUGGAGCUCUGUGUGUGUGUGUGUGUGUG